UGUAUGCUUUGCAGGCGACUCUUUGGCACUUUAUCAUCUCUCUCUCUCGCGCGCGCUCUCUCUCUCUCGGUAAUGUGAGUGUCACCCUCUCUAAGCGCCGUUUUUUUAAGUGUGUCGGUGUUAGCUUGGCAGUUUUAUCUCCUCUGGCAAAGGGUGAAGUUCCUCAGGUCAGUGAAGGGAAACCUUUAUUUCUUCCACCCCGUCGACGAGUGCGUGUGUGGUGAAAUCUAGGAAGUAACUAUCCGAUCAGGACGGCGAGGAUAUCGCAGUAAAGCAUUUCCAAAACUGUGAUUUAUAAAGCAAUAACGCUGCCGAACCGCUGGAAAAUUACCUUUAGCAUAAUUCAAAACCGGGACGUAGUACUUUCUUUCGCUCACCUUGUUGGAAGUGCAGGUGGAAAACUUUUCCCCCCGUAUUAAAGUUGCAUAAUUGGAGUAACCUACCGGAGCGCAGAAGUCUUCCUCGUCGCUGUCAGCGAUGUUUUCAUUUUUAGAAAUGAAAUGACUGCUUCUUCUUGGAAGUGGAUGCUGGUAGAGAGUUGUUGAGCAGUCAGGUAUGCUGAAGCCUGCCCGUGUGUGUCAGGAUGAGCACUUUGGAGGGAGCUGCUGCGUCGGAUCAUUUUUUGCAGAUCUACCCCAGGCUGUCCCAGGACACAGCUCCUCACUGUACCCUGCAGGUCAGUGCCGAGGACACAGCAGCUACAGUCAUCCAGAACGCUGUGGCCACUCUGGGCCUGGAUGCAAGCCAGGUGUACAGUCUACUGGAGCUCAGGGAGAGCAGAGGGGAGGAGAGGAUGCUGGAGGCUGGGGAACGCCCUGCAGAGCAUGUUCUACUAUGGCCCCCAGAGGCCCAGAAGGAGCACCCUCAGAGCCAGGGCUACUACUUCAUCCUGCAGCAGCAGGCCCAAGGUGGAGAGCCCAGCGGACAGGACUAUGACGACCUCUGCAACCUCCCCACUUUGACUGAGGCCGAGAUCCUGGAGGCCUUGCGCCAUCGCUUCUACAAACACAAAAUCUACACCUAUGCCAGUGGCAUCCUCAUCGCUGUCAACCCCAAUAAGUUCUUGCCUGUUUACUACAAUCCCAAGUAUGUCAAGAUGUAUGAGAACCAGCCACUGGGCAAACUGAGUCCUCAUAUAUUUGCAGUGGCAGACGUGGCCUACCGUGCCAUGCUGAACAAGCAGGUGAACCAGUGUAUUGUGAUAUCAGGGGAGAGUGGCUCGGGGAAGACUGAGAGCUCCAGCUAUCUCAUCCACUGCCUGGCUGCUCUCAGCCAGAAGAGAUACACCAGUGGGGUGGAACGGACUAUUCUGGGGGCCGGCCCCGUGCUGGAGGCCUUUGGCAACGCAAGGACUGCAGGGAACAACAACUCCAGUCGCUUCGGGAAGUUCAUCCAACUCAACUAUCUGGAGAGUGGUGUCAUCAGAGGGGCAGUUGUUGAAAAAUAUCUGCUUGAAAAGAGUCGCCUGGUGUCCAGAGAUAGCAGUGAGAGGAACUACCACGUGUUCUACUACCUGCUGGUGGGAGCGUCCAAAGAGGAGCAGAAAGAGUUUUUGCUGUUACCACCACAAGAUUACUUCUACCUCAAGCAGGAGAACUUCCAUUUAGAAGAUGAGGAAAAACUUAGGCAUGAGUACAAGAGACUCCAUCAAGCUAUGGAGAUGGUCGGCUUCUUGGCCUCCACCAAAACAGAGAUAUUCUCCAUCCUUUCUGCCAUCCUGUACCUGGGUAACGUGACGUUCACGCCAUCAGAGGAUGCUCAGGUCCUGGAGGUUGGACCUGCUGAAGUCUUGUCCACGCUCUCUAACCUGCUCAAGGUCAAUAAGGAGCUAGUGGUGGAAACUUUGACCCAGAGGAGAGCAGUGUUUGACGAUGACAUAGUAAUGUCAUCAUACACACUAAAUGAGGCCACCACAGUGCGGGACUCUAUGGCAAAGUCUUUAUACGCUGCUCUGUUUGACUGGAUUGUCCUGCACAUCAACCAUGCUCUGCUCAAUAAACGGGACAUGGAGGAGUCGAUCUCUUGUUUGUCCAUUGGCAUCCUGGAUAUGUUCGGAUUCGAGAACCUCCAGACAAACAGCUUUGAGCAGCUUUGCAUCAACUAUGCCAAUGAGAAACUACGGUAUUACACGAACCAGCAUAUCUUCAAGCUUGAGCAAGAAGAGUACAUGGCAGAGGGUAUCACAUGGCAAACCAUUGACUACACUGACAACUUGGGAUGCAUACAGCUGAUCAGCAAGCAACCAACAGGACUCUUUCACCUGCUGGAUGAGGAGAGCAACCUCUGUGAGGCCACGGAUGGGACUCUAUUGGACAAGAUGAAGCUCCAACAUCAGGAUAACCCAUUCUUUGUACUGACUACAGCCACAGAACCAGCCUUUAUCAUCCAGCACUUUGCUGGGAGGGUCGCAUAUCAGAUCAAGGACUUUCGAGAGAAGAACACAGACAACAUGCAGCCUGAAGUGUUAUCACUGCUACGGAGCAGCAAGUGGGCCUUCGUUCAUCAUCUGGUUGGGUCCAGUCCAGUAGCAGUGUUUCGAUGGGGUGUCCUUCGAGCCACCAUCCGCAUCCUUGCAGUCUUGAAGGAGUUGGGGCGUCAGCGGGCAGCAUCAAAGGCUGCCAAACGAAAGUCCUUCAGAAACAUGAAGAGGUCCAGCACUGCAAUGGACAGGCUGUCCAGCAACAGCCUGACACUGGAUUUCUCCUUUGAUCGCUCUGACGAGCAUCCUGUUGAUGUUUUUGAGGACAUUUUUGCCAACUAUGAAAAGAGAAAGAAAAAUAGAGGCAACCGACAGAAGCAGCUCAUUCCAAAGAAUCUCAUGAAUGUACGCUCCCUUGCACAUAUUGUGGCUCUCACCUCGCACGACCAAACCAGGAAAUCCCUCCUCUGUCUUCACCAGAGGAAGAAGUUACCGAGUAUUAGCUCUCAGUUUCAGGCAUCACUCAGUAACCUGCUGGAGACUAUUGAAAAAGCUGAACCUUUCUUUAUUUGCUGUAUUCGCUCCAAUGCUGAAAAGAAGGAGCUGCACUUUGAUGAUGAAUUGGUGCUACAGCAAAUCAAGUGCACAAGCAUGCUGGAAGUGGUACACAUCAAGAAGUCUGCCUACAGUGCCAAAUUCACAUUUAAGGAAUUUGUGGAGAAGUUCAGAAUGUUGCUUCCAAAAGGGGCUGCGGCAACACCAGAGGACAUAACUAAACUGUUUGAGAGGAUGGACCUGGAUCAGACCACCUACCAAAUAGGGAAAACCAAGGUGUUCCUCAAAGAAAAGGAGAGGCAGCUGCUCCAAGACACCCUUAACAAGGAAGUGAUGCAUCACAUCAUUGUCCUGCAGCGGUGGUUCCGUCUCUGUCUAAUUAGGAUGCACUUCCUGCAAAAGAAAGAUGCUGCCAUGCUCAUACAGAGGUAUUGGCGUACUUUUUAUCAUAACAACCAAAGCCGAGCUGCCACAGUGAUUCAGACAGCAUGGCGGACUUCGCAGAAGAGGGCGCAGUACCAGUGUCAUCAGGAGGAUAACAAGGAGAUGCCCAAAAAACAUCCAGGACGGCAGAGAGAGCUGAAGAGGCAGCAGGGCGUGGAGCUCAGUCCCAGCAGGAGCCAGCAGCAGGAUCCAGUCAACAGCCAGAACAGAGAUAGCCAGCCUGCACAGAGUGUGAAACGGGAGGGCAGGGGAUCCCCCCCUCCUCUCAACAGACCCCUUUCUCUGCCCCUGGACCCUAAAGUUGGCAGAGAUGAAGGCUCCAGCAGCCCCUCACAGGGCAGCUGCCUACAGCGUUACAUCAAGACAGAGGACAUCAGGGAGAAGGCUGAGAGGUGGAGGGAAAGAAGGAGCGAGGGAGAGCCGACAGACGACUCAAGUCCAGAAACCCGGUACCCAAGGGUUAAGCGGUCAGAAAGGUUCCAGAACAAAGGGAAGUCCAUGUCUGCUGAUGAGCUAUCGAAGCUCAGCUCUUCAGGCUCUGAUAGUUCUCCAUCAACAAAUGAGGUAAGGGUGCGCCUCCGCAAGCAGCCCAAACGCAAGCGGCGCUUAGCCUACGCCCGCAGUGGUUUGAUGUUAAACUUUGGGGGCUCCAAGGAGAGUGAGUUCUGGAGUUUUCCCUUGCCUCCCAUCAGCCCCCAGGGGCCCAGAAUGAAGUACUCGGCCAGUAGUGUGGACGUCCGGGCCCACAUAUCCCAGGUCAAGACACAGGCAGAACCUGAUGGCUCGAGGUUCAGCCUUCCUGCCAAAAGCACCAAUGAGGGCUCAGGACCCCGGGGGUCUAACCAAUCACAACCCACAACCCCUGAGAGGCUGUGGUUUCUCAGUAGAAUUCUUAAGAAGCGGACACCUAGAGAUUCGCAGAUAAUUGAUUCUCCAUCAGACAAAGAAGUCACCUUGUCCAACUACUCCCCACAACCCUACCGCAUGCCAGAUCAGGGUAGUGAGAGGACCCGUCGUAACCCUACCAUUCGAAUCAGCCGGGCCACACGGGCCGAACAGUGGAACGCCUCUCUAGACCGUGAGAUCACUGAUACCAAGGAGCUGCGAAACCUGGAUGAGUUCCUGGGUAAUCAGGUGAACGAGCUGCGCAACAGGAUAAAAGAGCUGUCAGCAACUGAGAGCAUCUUCCUUACAGCCACCAUGCAGUUCAGAGAGACAAUUAAAAGCAUGUACUCUGUCCCGAAACCCCAAAUUGGCUACAAAGAUCUGAUGAAGGGGUACCAUAACAAAGUCAACAGCCUGGCCGGGCCUAAGCAGAAAAUAGAAGUCAAGCUGGUGGUGAACCUUUUCCAGUCUGUGCUAGACGGCUUCAUCAGGGGACAGAUGAAACGAGUGGAAGCUGAACCGGUCAAGGCUACCAAAAAAAAGAAGAGGAGGAAAAAAGACAAAUGUCCACACAGCCCUCUGGACCAUCUGUUCAGCACGUACCAGGUGAACAUUAUGCAGUCAUGUGACUUGUGUGGCUCCUACAUCUGGGGAAUGGAGAAAGCCUAUAUGUGCAGUGGUGAGUUCACCAACACACCAUUACAAACUUGCGAUAGAUGCAAAUUUUUACAUCACAAUUAUAACAGGCUCUCUUUUCUUUUGUUCAUUUCAGCAUGCAAGUUAAUAUGUCACAAGAAAUGCCUUACUAAAGUCAUCACAGAUUGCUCAACACGGUGUGCAAGAAAGGAUGACAGCAUACCCGGCUCCCUCCACUUCGGGGUGCAGGUGUGUGUCCUCACAAGCAAAGCCAACCCGGUGCCCAAGGUGGUGGAGAUGCUGCUUAUGCAUGUAGAGCUGAAUGGCCUCUACACAGAGGGCAUCUAUCGCAAGUCUGGCUCGGCCUGUCGUUCUAGGGAGCUGCACCAGAUACUAGAGACAUAUCCUGAGACAGCGUGUCUAGAUAACUACCCUAUCCACACAAUCACGGGCCUGGUGAAACGUUGGCUUAGAGAGCUGCCCGACCCCCUCAUGACCUUCAGCCUCUACAAUGACUUCCUGCACGCUGUGGAGUUGCCAGAGAAAUGUGAGCGAAUAAGGGCUGUAUACCAAAAGGUUGAUGAACUUCCCUCUGCUAACUACAACACUUUGGAACGGCUCAUCUUCCAUCUUGUCAAAGUUGCCAGGGAGGAAGAUCACAAUAGGAUGUCAUCCAACUCCCUUGCUAUUGUGUUUGCCCCUUGCAUCUUGCGCUCUCCUGAUGCUGAUGACCCCUUCCUUGGUAUGAAGGAUGUGUCAAAGACAACACUAUGUGUGGAGAUCCUGAUCAAUGAGCAGUUAAGACGCUACACAGAGAAGAUGCAGAAUAUCCAGGAGCUGGAAUACGCAGAGGCCCUAGCUGUCAAUCAGCUCAGAUUGAAGAGGCAAAACACGGUGAUUGAGAAACCCUCAGAGCUGGAUGUUCCUGACCAAACAGAAUCUGACAAUGAAACAGAGAAGACCCUCAUUGAGAGGAUCAAGUCCAUCAAGCAGGAGAAGGAGGACUUGGCAUACACAUUGCCUAACCUAGAGCAGGAGAACUCAGAUAAUGACAACCUGGAUUCUGAGUCGUCCAUGAGCUCAGAGAGUCUUCUAGAAGAACGCUUAGGAAGCUUGGACUCGGAAGGGAAGAUGACCACGCAGUUGAAAAGUCACAAGCCCAACUGUCCACCUAAACCCCCUGACUUGGCCCAGAGAGUCAGAAGUUUGAUGGGUCUCACAGAACAGCACAGCGAGUGGACUCUAGCUGAGAGCCAGUCAGGUCAUCGGACAGAAGUCACCCAAUCCGUGUGCUCCAUCCCUGGACAAGACGACCCCUCAAACUCCUCCUUAGCCAGCAACCCCCAGUUCACCACUAAGAGCUUCAAUGGGAGCUUUGAUGACCUGGACAUCCCUUUUAUAGAUGAGGACAUAUAACUUGCACAUCAAACAUGCAGAACAGUACUUUGGAAUAAUAUUCAGUAUGCAUUGUAAGAAUUCGAGUUAUGUCAAGUAAUUAGGUUAAUUAGUGGAGUUGCAAUCUCUGAACCCAUUGGCUUAUGUCUGACAAUGUUUUAGCCCCUGGGGGCAAUGGCCAAUUUUGGGGGGUUCUGGCACAAAAAAUUUGGCCAGUGCAUUCCACCUCUAUUCCUUCCCACACAGGCGGUUAACCUGUAUUAAACCAACAUUAUAACCUGAAAGCACCCGGACAACAAACACUAACCAGAACGCUACCAAUACCAAAAACUUGUCCCUUGCCUACAGAUUCAAUAUAUAUGUAGAUAUACAUACACACACACACACACACACACACACACACACACACACAUAUAUACACGCACACACACACACAUAUAUACACACACACACACACACACACAUAGAAUCUGUUUUCUAGAGACUAGUGGAGUUUAUCAUGACAACAAAGACUGUGCACUUUUUUUCUAAUACCCCAUUAUGGUAAAGCUGCUGUGUGUCAAGAUUCUAUAUGUAUUUAAUGGGAGAUCGUACAGACUAUAGUGUGUAUGAUCUCCCAUUAAAUACAUACAGAAUUUAUGUUAGAAUAUGUUUAAUGUGUCGGGAUGACAAACCAACAGCUAUGAAUUCUCAGGCUUUUCAUAGCAAUAAAGUGUAUGUGAUUUUAAAUAUAUUCCAGAAUUGUACAUAUCUAAGAAAGGUAAGUAUUUUAGAAUAGUUUUGUGACAAACGGUGUCUCAUAUGUAGACACACUGGGACACUAUGAUGAGGAACAAGUCGUGAUUCAUUCAGUGACAUUAACUGUGCCUUAUUUUCAGAUCAUUAUUAAUGUACAUGUUUCAGUUUUCAUGACCACCAUUGGUACUAGUGGGUAGUAAUUUGUGGUUCUUUGUGGAAAAAUUAUGCCUUUUGUCUUUUGUAACCAUAUGAAAAAAUUGUAGAUUGUCACAGAUAAUGUCUCUCCAUUUGAUAACUGGUAAUAUGCGGAAUUGUAGUUUUGGCUGACAAAGGGCGACUUUUCUGUAGGAGAUGCAUCUCAGACUUUUCAUUUGUAUUUUUCCUCUGAUUUUUUUUUCUCCUGUAGAACAUAAUGCAAUGAUGGACAGUUGAUUCUGUGUAACUGCAAAGAAAAUGGUCUUCUUGCUGCCUUUUAUUGACUGACUGAAAAUGUUCCGCUUUGCCAAUCACCACAAGACUGUGUAGUUUGACCAAGUUAACUUUUUUUGACAUGUGCAUGUUUGUACAUUUAUAAUGGGGGGUUAAAAUUUCUGUAUAUUGUUUGAUCAGAAUUUCCCCUGUGUCAAACUGAAAUAAACCCAACAGUUAUGCAUUUUUCCCCUUGUAUUGAUAUGUAGCAAUUGGUUUUUACAUUUUACACACAGUCAUGAUAGGUCUACUGGAAGGACUAUAAUUGGCGUGUACAACUUGGAGAGCAACAAGUAUUAAUG